CUUAGGUUUUGCAAGCGCUGAGUCCUGCUUCUUAAAAUGCUGCCUUGGCCCCCCUUCUGUCUUGACUGUCAGCAGCCUUUUAUGUGGAUACCAUGCUAUCUCUUUCUUUUGCCUCGAGGCACUAGGCCUCAAGUCCCAACGGCAUAGUCCCAAUGGCACAAUCGCCUUGAAAUGCGCUUGCUUCCUCUUCCUGCUUGGGAGCCUUGCGACACCCACCACCGGCACUUUUCUUGCACUUGGGCUUGGCCAAAGAAUUUGCUUAGGGCUAGCCAUAUUUGACCUUAGAGGUGAGGAGAAUCAUAGAAUCAUAGAGUUGGAAGAGACCACAAGGGCCAUCCAGUCCAACCUCCUUGCCAAGCAGGAAACACCAUCAGGAAACAUCCAAGAGGAGCUCUUGGAUUAAGUGGUUAUUUACUUAAUUAAUGCAUUUAUAUCUCACCUUCUUCUCCAAAGAGCUCAAGGCAGCAUACGUGGUUCUCCCCCUCCUCAUUUUAUCCCCACAUCAACCCUGCAGGGAAGGCUAGGCUGAGAGGCAGUGUCUGACCCAAAGACAGAUAGUAAGCUUCAUAGCCAAGUGGAGAUUUGAACCCUGGUCUCCCAACACUAUAUCACUGUAGGAUAUUUUAAUUUAAUAUAUUCCAUGGUGUGUGUGUGUGUGUGUGUAUGUACAGUGGAACCUCAGUUUAUGAACACCUCGGUUUACGAAUUUUCGGUUUACGAACGCCGUGGACCCAUCUGGAAUGGAUUAAUUCACUUUCCAUUACUUUCAAUGGGAAAGUUCAUUUCAGUUUAUGAACGCUUCAGUUUAUGAACAGACUUCCGGAACCAAUUACACCCAUGCUUCGGGUUAAGUACGCUUCAGGUUGAGUACUCCGUGGGCCCGUCUGGAAUGGAUUAAUCCACUUUCCAUUACUUUCAAUGGGAAAGUUCGCUUCAGGUUAAGUACGCUUCAGUUUAAAUACUCCGCGGGCCCCUCUGGAACGGAUUAAUUCACUUUCCAUUACUUUCAGUGGGAAAGUUCGCUUCAGUUUACAAACGCUUCAGUUUAUGAACAGACUUCCGGAACCAAUUGUGUUCAUAAACCGAGGUACCACUGUAAUAUUUUAUAACCUGACCUGAGUCUAAUCUAAUCUGACCUAAUGUCUUCGAAUCAGUCAGUAAAUAUCAGGGUUGCUAGAUAGCUGUCAGGGAGCAAAUUAUGCUGUAGCCUCUGACAUUUGCUUUCCUGUGUAGAAAGAAUGACUAUAUCAAGCUGAAGUCAUUGCUUCCCUUGCUUCCCACGCAUUCAAGUUUUAUUAGACCCUUAAAAAUCUUACAGGAUAUCCUAUAAAACACACUGGGCAAAAGGUGAGAUCUUCUUGGCCUCCCUUUUAAGCAUUCAAGAUCAAGCUUUGUGUGUCUUUCCCCCACCCCUAAGUUGCUUUUUAAAGGUACAUUCUUAGAAGAUCUACAACUAUAUUGUGCCAUCCAUCUCAAUUGUGUGUGCUGUGCUUCAGGUGACCUUUACCAGGUAGGUGUGUUUGGGAAUUGCCCUUUGAGAGGUUGGUCACCAAAGAGGUUUCUAAAUCACUAUUGGCUCAUAGCCUGCCACAUUCUGGCUAUAAAAUAAGAGCAUUCACUUGCCAUCCUUACACUCCCUAUGAGAACAUGGACCAAUUCUCACUUUCCCCAUUCCUGCUGCUCGUGAUAGCCUUGGUUUCCCCAAAUCACGCUGAGGACCACGAGGAAUGGAUGAAGUGUUUUGAUGAUCCCGACUAUGAGAAGCUGUUAAAUGUUGCCAGAAAUGGGCUGGGAAAGACUUCAAAUCCAAAGACCAUCGUGAUUGUUGGGGCAGGAAUAAGCGGGCUCACUGCCGCCAAAUUACUGAAAGAUGCUGGACACCAGGUUCAGAUUCUGGAAGCCAGUGACCGCAUUGGGGGUCGGAUAAAGACCUAUCGUGAGAAAGACUGGUACAUGGAUUUGGGACCGAUGCGUCUGCCCAAGCAACAAAAAAUUGUUCGUGAAUAUAUUAAGAAAUUCAACCUCACGUUAAACCCGUUUGUUCAGACGGAUAAGAAUGCCUGGUACUUGAUUAGAAAUAGAAAGGAAAAAGUGUCUGCAGUGGAGAAAAACGCAGAGCUGUUUGGAUAUGAACUGGCUCCCAAUGAGAGGGGGAAAUCUGCCUCUCAACUCUUCCAUGAGUCACUGGAUCGGGUAACAAAAAACUGCACGAUUUUGAAGAAAAAAUACGACUCAUAUUCCAUCAAGGAAUAUUUAAUUAAAGAAGGAAAUCUGAGCAAGGGAGCAGUAGAUAUGAUUGGUGACCUCUUGAAUGAAGAAGGUGGAUUCUAUACUUCGUUUCUUGAUUCUGCUAUGGACUAUGUAACCUUCUAUGACGAUGACAGUUUUGAGGAAAUCACAGGAGGAUUUGACCAGCUCCCCAAAGGCUUCUCCCGGGAAAUGACCGGGACAAUCCGUCUAAGCUGCAGUGUAGAGAAAAUACUUAGAACCGGCAAGAAAGUGAGGGUGUUUUACCGCAAGCGGGGCAAAGGAACCUUGUCGAGUCUGACCGCCGACUACGUCAUCAUCACGGCGACGGCAAAAGCCGCUCGACUCAUCAAAUACCAGCCUCUUCUCUCCCAUCCCAAGGCUCGCGCUCUGCGUUCUUUCCAUUACGCAAGCUCUACCAAAAUCGCCUUGGCCUGCACAGACAGGUUUUGGGAGAAAGACGGGAUCCGAGGUGGGAAGUCGAUCACGGACCGCCCAUCCCGAAUGAUCUAUUACCCGAACCAUGUCUUCCCUAGUGGCCUCGGGGUACUCCUGGCCUCUUACACGUUUAAUGAUGACGCCGACUUCUUCGUUCCCCUCAGCGAGGAAAAGUGCGUUGACGUGGUGAUGGAUGACCUGUCGGAAAUCCACAAUGUCUCCAAGUCUUACCUCAAAUCCGUCUGCAACAGGCACGUUGUACAGAAGUGGGCCCUAGACAAGUUUUCCAUGGGGGCCUUUGCUCUACCCACUCCAUACCAGUUCAGCCAGCUUUUCGAGGCUUUGAGUCAGAAUGAGGGGAGAGUGUACUUUGCCGGAGAGUACACAGCCCACCCACAUGCUUGGAUCGACACAGCCAUGAAGACUGCUAUAAGGGCAGCAAGUGGAAUUCAUCUCAGUGCCUGACCUGUGUUGCACGAGCUGCAAAAGCAGGCCUUGGUGAUGUUUAUCCUUCAUGAAAAGGAAAUAUCAAUUACUUGAUCCUAGCUGAUGAUUAUUUGUGUACUGCAAAUGUUUUCUUUAGGAGGCACUGUAACCUUGCAAUAGUUUGAAUUCACCUGCAAAGGCACGCUCCACCAUUGUCUCCCGAGGCAGACGGAUGUUUUCUAUUAUUCUUUUUUGGAGGUUGUUUUGUUUUUACCUUUCCAAUACAGUGGUACCUCGGGUUACAGACGCUUCAGGUUACAGACUCUGCUAACCCAGAAAUAGUACCUCGGGUUAAGAACUUUGCUUCAGGAUGAGAACAGAAAUCGUGCUCCGGCGGCAUGGCGACAGCAGGAGGCCCCGUUAGCUAAAGUGGUGCCUCAGGUUAAGAACAGUUGCAGGUUAAGAACGGAACUCCGGAAUGAAUUAAGUUCUUAACCAGAGACACCACUGUAUGCUGAAACCCAUUAAUGUGUUAUCUGAUUCCUCCCCUUUCUAUGGUAUAAUGUAUAUAUGCAUAUUUUCGUUUCAAUGUAAGUCAUUUGGAGACGCUUUGUAUGACAAACAACUAAUCAGUUAAACCAACCAACAAAUAAAGGGAUUUUCUCUC